GUCCGGCAUUCUAGACAGUCCUCAAUCGAAUAAAAUUCUUAAAUAGAAAAUCAGGUCAAAGCGGCUUAGCUAAUCCACGUAAUCAAUUCUCUUGAAAACUGGAUCUUCUAAACAAAAACUAAGCCAAAAAAAUAAAAAAUGCAGUGGAUUAUUAGUAGUUGAAGAAAAAAAGGCUUCUCUAUCGAUCGAAGAAUUGUGCUAAUUAGUGAUGAACAUUCUUAGAACAUUAAUACAGUAUUUUUUCGUUAAAAAUAAACGUAUUUUUGGCUUUUAAAUUUUUUUUGUAACAUUAAUAUCUAUACUCAAAUAGCAGAAUCUGAUUAGGAGUAUUAAGUGCAGCAAAAUAAUGGAUUUGGUUGACAGUUUUAAUCGGACUGGGACCGGCAAAAAUUUAGGUGUGGGAUCAUUCAAUGAACUUGAUAUAUCACAAAAUCGUAUAGAAUCAAACGGUUCAGUGAAUAAUUUCACUGCAACGAAAUCCAAAGAAUCAGUCGGAAUUUCGGAUGAUACUUCUCCAAAUAAAGAGUUAGGAAAUUCUACUAUGAAAACUACUCCAUCUGGUGAGUUUGAUUCAACUGCUGAUCUUGAAAAUAUAUACCCCUUUCUCAAUCAACCUGUUGAAACUGUUCAUACAGCUAAUCGUACAGUAUCAGCUAAUCAUACUGUGUCAUCUAAUACUUUAGAUGACGAAUCCAAUGCCAAGACUCCCGAUGCGAAUAAUAUUUAUGACAUUUAUUCACCAGAUACCGAUAUCAGUCCUUCGAGCGACGCGACAGUCGUACCACCAGACAUUGCAUGCGGGGAAAUACACGAAUGUCAAGUGUGUCACAGGUGUUUUCCUCACAAAGAGAAUCUUAUUCUUCAUUUUCAGACGCACACAAGAGAGAGGCCUUUCAGUUGCGAGGUGUGCGGGAAGUGCUACACUUCAAUGCCGUCGCUCAGGUUGCACCGGCGUAUUCAUUCCAGCAACGUGCAAUACAGGUGUGACGUGUGCGACAGAGUGUUCAUUAGAAAAGACCAUUUCAAUUUACACUACAGAGUUCAUACAGGCGAAAAGCCUUUCAAAUGCGAACUCUGCGAUAAAAGUUUUUGUCGAAAAGGCUCUCUCAAGGACCACUAUCGUUUCCACAACAAACAGAACCUCUACGAAUGCAGCGUUUGUAAAAAGGAGUUUGUGACGAUCAGCACUCUUCAAGUUCACUUUCGAGUGCACUCUAACGAGAAACCGUUCAAGUGCGAGAUUUGUGAUCGGAGAUUUGCUCAGCAGAAACAUUUAGAUACGCACGCCGUCACUCACUCUAAAGUAAAAUCUUUUGAGUGUCAGAUCUGCAAGAAGUGUUUCGCUCAUAAGGCCGCUUUGCAAGCACAUGCUCACAUCCACACCAAUCUUAGACCUUAUGCCUGCCUAGUCUGUGAUAAAAGAUUUCCCAUUAAAGCCACUCUAACGAUGCAUUACCGCAUCCACACGAAUGAGAAACCAUUCUCGUGCGACAUAUGCUUCAAGAGUUUUUCGAGGAAAAGCCACUUGCAAGAGCACACGCGCAAUCACACUAAGGUAUCGCGUCACGUGUGUGAAAUCUGUCAGAAAGACUUCUCGACAUUGCGAUAUCUGAAGUUGCAUCAACGCUUGCAUAACGAUGAAAAAAACUCUAAAUGCGACAUAUGUCACAAAAUUUUUCCGCAGAAGAGUCAUCUUGAGUAUCAUUAUCGCACCCACACGAAAGAAAAGCCGUUUGCCUGCAAUGUGUGCGGAAGAAGUUUCAGUGCUAAGCACGUCAUGAAACGCCAUGUAUUGCGUCACACGAGUGAGAAACCUAAGGUCCCUGUAUCAUAUAAUGCUAACAAUAAGCCUCAGCCCUUUUCGUGCAAUUUUUGUGACAGAUAUUUUACGGCUAAACACGCCAUGAGACGGCAUGUUUUAUUAGUCCACAUGAAAAAUGAACCUUUUAAAUGUCUCGAAUGCUUUAUUACAUUUAAAACUGAAGAGGAGUUUAAAACACAUGAAAUUUCGCACUCUGCUAAUAACACAACCGAACUCGAGCAAAAAAUUGAUGAUAGUUUAAUAUACUCCACUGAGAAUGUAUAGCUUAUAAAGUGAAUGUUCUCUUAUAGUAUAAAACUAUGUUUAGCUUUAAAAAAAAGCAGUAGCACAAGCAAUUUAAUAUUUUCUAGAAAUCAAAAAAAUCUUUAUCUGAAAUGUUUUUUUUAUUGUUUUAGUUUUAGACUAUUCCCAUAAUUGCCUACAGUAAUUAGAAAAUUAUCAAUGUUGAAAAACUUAUUGGAACUAUUAACUAAGUUUUUUUCAGGCUAUUAUUUCGUGCUCAACUUAUUUAUGUUAACAAGUUGGAAUUUAAACGGAAUUAGUUUCUAUUUAAGUAGAUUUCUGACUUGAUAUGGUUAAAAAUUGACAUAUUAAUGAGAAAUGCUUGCCUCUCUGAAAAUGUAUAGUUUUGUGAAACUUAGUUUGUCGCUUAUUAUACAUAUGAAAAAUGAAAAAAGUUUCAGUUCAAGUAAAACUUUCUUUUUAAUGUUUGCUUUGCAAAAGCUUCUGUAACAUUAUCUUAAAAAUUCUUUAAGUAUUCACUGUGUAACAGCUUUUGUCUAUUUAAUAGAUUCGAUCAAAUUUGGAAACAUGUCUCUCACUUUAAAAUCUUUGUGUGAGCUUUUAAUAAAUAUUUUAAUGGCAAUAGCUAUGCUGUAAACAAGUGCGUCUUCGGACAUUUUUUCAGUAUGUGUGCAGAUGUGGGGUCUUUGAGUCUGAACGUGGGGUCUUUUUCCAAACUGAAUAUUCUAUUUUGUUUAAAAUAUAUAUGUUAUAGCCUGCUACAUUCUGAGUAAUUUAACAUUAAGUGUUAGACGAUACUGAAACUUUCAAAGCGACAGCACAAGUUCUUAAACGCAUUUACUAAAAAUAGAUAAUGGCACAACUCUUUUCGAGACAUCGUUCAGAGUCUGUCUUAGUUUAUGUAUAAUUUAUUUAUUAUGUAUAUAUUUUAUGUAUCAUUUUUUUACAAACAUGACAAAAAUGAAGUUUAAGUUCAUGUUUUGUCAUAACUAAGUAAUGUUUUUUAAUAUCUUGAUUGGCCCUCUUAUCAUUGUUAGAUCCUUCAUUGUUACAGCCGUAUCAAAACAAGAACUUGAAUUUAUAUGAAAGUAAAUGUUGUAAAUGACACUCAUAGAUUUAAAUAUAUAAAAUAAUAAUGUUCCACAACUCACAUUCACUACUCAAUCCUAAUUUUUUGACUAUGGAAUCCUGAGAUUAUAAUAAAGUUCAUUAGCAAUUCUGAUCAUAUUAAAUAAGAAACAAUAUUUAUUAUUUUGGAAAUAUUUAAUGCGCAAAAAGAAUUUAAUCAAUAAUAGCUUUAAAAUUAGAUUUUAUGUGAGAUAGUGAAUUUGUUUUUUGGUGAAUGCAUAAGCUGAAAAUGAAUAAAGCAGAAAUAAUGUUUUUGUUAAAAUGAAAAAGAACUGUUAUAAAUGUGGUUAUCAGGGGUAACAUAUUUCUUUAUGGCUGAAUUUAAUUAUUUUAUUUGAAAUCGUGAAGUUUUAAGAAAAAAAAUACUCAUGCAAAUUUUGCUAGAUGAAUGUUCAUCUUUAACAGAAUAUAUUCAAAUAUACUGUAAUUUCUAAUUGUAAUAUGUAAUAUGACAAAAUUUUUGUGCAUACAUUUAUUGCUAAAUUAUCUGUAGAUCUAAAAAAAUAAAUCCUUAGUAUGGUAUGUAGAUAUUUUUUCAGAGGGUGCAGUAUAUCACAAUAUUUUAUUCUUUUAAAAUUUGAUAUUAUUCUCAAAAAAGUAAUUUUUUUCCCCUUCUUUCUUAUUCAUUCAAAAUAA